AUGGAGAAGAUGAGCGUAGAAACCAUUAAACCUCCUUCGGCAACUCCACAAUGUCUCCGUACUCUCCCCCUCUCCGUUGUUGAUUACAGGAUGCAGCCAGUGUACACAUACGCAUGUCUUUUCUACACCAACGAUCCCUCAAUCCCGCGACAAGAAACCACCAAGAAACUCAAGACUUCCCUCUCCCAAACCUUAACCAGCUUCUACCCUUUCGCCGGCAGAGUCAACGGCCUCGCCGUCGACUGCAACGACGAAGGAGUCAUAUUCGUAGAAGCCACUCUCGGCAACUCCACACUCUCUGCCUUUCUCAACUCCCCCGCCCCAGAUUCAAACGAUAUCCAACAAACUCUGCUUCCUCUCCACUGUGUCCCUCAGACAAGCGAGGCCUCUGUAACGUGGCCUCUCCUGCUCGUGAAGGCUAGUUAUUUCCAAUGCGGAGGCAUGUCCCUAGGGAUCUGCAUGUCCCAUAAGCUCGCGGACGCAGCCUCCUUGUCAGCCUUCGUACGGGUUUGGGCUGCGACCGCUCGAGGAGAGAGCGGCACGGUGGGAAAACCCGAGUUCGCGGGGAUUAAUGUAUUCCCGCCACCACCACCACCACCUAACGACGCCUCCAACGUUGCUGAGACACUCAGACCUAAGAUAACAGGUGUGACUAAGAGAUUCGUUUUCAGUGGGUCAAAGAUAGAUGAGCUCAAGGCCAAUGUCGAACAGACACACAAACCUACUCGGGUCCAGUGCGUCACUGCUCUUCUAUGGAGAUGCGUCUCUGCCAAUACAAAAGCGUCUACCACGAAAGUGCUGUACCAACCUGCUAACUUGCGCACUAAGAUACCUUCUUUACUGUCGGAAAACCUAAUAGGAAAUCUCAUCAGCACUAGCAUGACUUUGAGUCGAAAAGGCGAGGAGAUCCAGAUUCAAGAAACGGUUAAGGAGUUACGGGAAAGAGCAGAGGAGUUGACCGGUCUUGUUCAAGAAGAAAACGAUGUGUCAGCCGCGUCGCUCGGUUCUAAAUUGUUAGGUAAAAUGGUUAAUGAUUACUCAAAGUUAAGCAACGAGCCUGGCCACUCGAUGUACGCGGUGACUAGCUGGUGCAGGAUGCCGUUUUACGAGGCUGAUUUUGGAAAAGGAUGUCCUGUUUGGGUCGUCGGUAACGUGGCUCCUCGACUCGAAUUGGUGACGAUGCUCUUAGAUUCCAACGACUUUAAAGGGAUCGAAGCGUGGGUGACGCUUUCUGAAGAAGACAUGGUUUCGUUCGAACAAAACUCGGAACUGCUUGCCUUUGCUUCUCCUAAUCCUCCUGUCAUUUUCUAA